CGGGGCGCACCGGGGCUCCUGCAAGCAUCCUGGACCGGGCGCCAUGGGGGAUCAGAAGGAGGCGCUGAAGAAGAUCGUCACAACUCUGGCAGUGAAGAAUGAAGAGAUACAGAACUUCAUCUAUGCUCUGAAACAGAUGCUGCUGAAUGUGGAGGCCAACUCCAACAAGGUCCAAGAGGACUUGGAGGUCGAGUUCCAGUCACUGUUCUCCCUGCUGGAUGAGCUGAAGGAGGGCAUGUUGAUGAAGAUCAAACAAGACCGAGCUAGCCGAAUCUAUGAGCUCCAGAACCAGCUGGCAGCCUGCACCAAAGCUCUGGAAAGCUCCGAGGAACUUCUGGAAACGGCCAACCAGACGCUGCAGGGAGCAGACAACCAGGAUUUCCCACAGGCUGCCAAACAGAUAAAGGACAGUGUGACCAUGGCCCCAGCAUUCCGGCUCUCCUUGAAAGCGAAGGUCAGCGACAACAUGAGCCACCUCAUGGUGGACUUUGCCCAGGAGCGGCGUCUCUUGCAGGCCCUAAAGUUCCUACCAGUGCCUAGUGCCCCAGAGAUUGACCUCGCAGAGUCCCUGGUGGCAGAUAACUGUGUGACGCUGGUGUGGCGGAUGCCAGAUGAAGACAGCAAGAUUGACCACUACGUGCUAGAAUAUCGGCGCACCAACUUUGAGGGCCCGCCUCGGCUCAAGGAAGACCAGCCCUGGAUGGUGAUUGAGGGCAUCAGGCAGACUGAGUACACGCUGUCUGGUCUGAAGUUUGACAUGAAAUACAUGAACUUUCGAGUAAGAGCAUGCAACAAGGCAGUGGCUGGAGAGUUCUCAGAACCUGUCACACUGGAAACCACAGCUUUCAUGUUCCGAUUGGAUGCCACGACAUGCCACCAGAACUUGCGGGUGGAAGAAUUAUCAGUGGAAUGGGAUGCCAUGGGAGGGAAAGUUCAGGACAUCAAGGCUCGAGAGAAAGACAGCAAAGGUCGGACUGCCUCUCCUGUCAACUCCCCAGCCAGAUGUGCCCAGUCUCCCAAGAGGAUGCCCUCCGGGAGGGGAGGCCGGGACCGAUUCACAGCUGAGUCCUACACCGUGCUGGGAGACACCCUCAUUGAUGGUGGUGAGCAUUACUGGGAGGUACGCUAUGACCGAGACAGCAAGGCCUUUGCAGUAGGUGUUGCCUACCGCAGCCUGGGCCGAUUUGACCAGCUGGGCAAGACGCCGGCCUCCUGGUGCCUGCACCUGAACAACUGGCUGCAGGUCAGCUUCACAGCCAAGCAUAAUAACAAGGCCCGGACGCUGGAUGUGCCGCUGCCGGACUGCAUUGGGGUCCACUGCGACUUCCACAAAGGGGUCCUGUCCUUCUACAAUGCCCGAACCAAGCAGCUGCUUCACACUUUCAAGGCCAAAUUCAGCCAGCCACUGUUGCCGGCCUUCAUGGUGUGGUGUGGAAGCUUCCAGGUGUCCUCCGGCCUUCAGGUGCCCAGCUCGGUGCAGUGCCUGCAGAAGCGGAACAGCGCCACCAGCAGCUCCAAUGCCAGCCUUACCUAGCCUGUGCUGCCCCAGGCUGCUGCUCCUGCCCAUCCUGACCCCCUCGGGCUUGAGGAGGGCCAACCUCUGCCCUGAGCCUCAGGGUGUUGUUGGGCCAUGACCUCAGAGAGUGAACUUGCUGGCUACCCUGCUCUUCCCCACCCCUCCCCCCAACCCCCAUCUGAAGGUGAUGUGAAGCCCACAGCAGCCUCUGAGCCCUGGAAGGGGCAGUCCCCUCCCUUCAGUUACCUCUUCUCACAACAAAUGCUGCUUUGGGCCUUAACACUAGACUGGGAGUCCAGAAUUAGGGCAUGGAAGGGUGGGCUAGGGCUGGAUUCAUUCUACUUCUCUUCCCUCCCACCCUCAUCCUCCCAUUAAAGAGAAACACACCUGGCUGGGCCCACAUGGUGGUCAUUUCAGGCCCGGGUUGAGGACUGAGGGCCUUAAGGGUCCAAACUCCUGUCUCCCUAAAGCUGAGUGAGUGGGGAGAAAACUGGAGCCCUGGCUGAAAGAAUCAGACAUAGAUGUUGGAGGCCAGAAUCCAGGCCUCUUGAUUUUUCAGCCCGAGGUUCUUCUCCCACUGCACGAGUCAGAAAAUGAAAAACCCUACUCCUGACCCACUGUAUAAUCCUGGGCAAGUCAUUCUCCUCCUCUGUGCCUCAGUUUCCUGAUUGGUAAAACUGGUUUAAAAAGAAAGGCUUUGGACCAGAUGAUCCCAUAGCUCCCUUCUAGCUCUGACAUUCUGUGUUCUUUGUUCCAAGGGCUCUUCCAGCUGUGAUAGUCCAGGUUCUCAGGCACCUACUGCCCUAACAGUCUAUACCAGGUGUUUUAAGGGCCCUUGCAGCUCUGGUGCCUGUUUUCUAAGGACCCUUCCACCCAUUCUCAGGCCCCUCUUGACUCAGCACUCUUUGCUGGCUCUUUUAGGGGCCUGUUCCCCACCCCCCAGACACC